UACCAAUAGGAAUACACAAUCUUACAUAUCCAGUGAUUGUUAUAAAUGUAUCUGAGUAUUACAUGUGUCUAACGACAGAGUUAGACGGUUGAUGCAGUCUUGUUACAAAUCCCACACUCCACACAAGAAAAUGCAUUUGGGGUCUCAAGUGAUUACUUGCUGUGUGGUGGUUAUUAUUUAUUGUGUUAAUCACCUAUUUGAAGCAGCGGAGAGCAACAUACAGCAAAAUAAUCAUCAACAGCGUCGUAUUCUUACAAAGGAAAACAGGCGAUUUUCACGGGACUCUAGUUCAGGCCGGGAGCGGCGUCCGAACAUUGUGUUCAUUCUAACAGAUGACCAGGAUGUGGAGCUGGGAUCGCUGAACUUUAUGCCGCGCACCUUAAAGUUGAUGCGCGAUGGGGGCGCAGAGUUUCGACAUGCAUACACGACGACACCGAUGUGCUGCCCGGCGCGCUCUUCAUUGCUUACUGGCAUGUAUGUGCACAAUCACAUGGUGUUCACUAACAACGACAACUGCUCUAGCCCUCAAUGGCAGGCGACACACGAAACGCGCUCGUACGCCACUUACUUAUCGAAUGCUGGGUAUCGAACCGGGUACUUUGGCAAAUAUCUGAACAAGUAUAAUGGCUCAUACAUACCGCCUGGAUGGCGUGAAUGGGGUGGACUGAUCAUGAACUCCAAGUAUUACAACUAUAGCAUUAAUUUAAAUGGGCAGAAGAUAAAGCAUGGCUUCGAUUUUGCCAAGGACUAUUAUCCGGAUUUAAUAGCCAACGACUCGAUAGCAUUUUUGCGCUCCUCGAAACAGCAAAACCAGCGAAAGCCAGUGCUCCUCACCAUGAGCUUCCCAGCACCGCAUGGACCCGAGGACUCAGCGCCGCAAUACAGGCAUCUCUUCUUUAAUGUGACUACUCAUCACACGCCCAGCUACGAUCAUGCGCCGAAUCCAGACAAGCAAUGGAUACUUCGUGCCACAAAUCGAAUGCAACCAGUGCACAAGCGUUUCACUAAUUUGUUGAUGACUAAGCGGCUUCAAACACUUCAGAGUGUCGACGUGGCCGUGGAGCGCAUUUUUCACGAGCUAAAGGCACUUGGGGAGCUCGACAACACAUACAUUGUGUACACCUCGGACCAUGGAUACCACUUGGGGCAGUUUGGCUUGAUCAAAGGCAAGAGCUUUCCUUUUGAAUUUGAUGUGCGGGUACCAUUUUUAAUGCGCGGCCCCGGCAUCCAGGCUGCUCAAGUAGUGAACGAGAUUGUCUUGAAUGUAGAUCUGGCGCCUACAUUUCUGGAUAUCGGUGGUGUGCCAACGCCUUCACAUAUGGACGGGCGCAGCAUAUUGCCUCUUCUGCUUAAUCGCAAUCGCUUCAUGUGCGAUAACUGGCCCGACAGCUUUCUAAUUGAGAGUUCUGGUCGCCGAGAGACGGUGGAACAAAUAUCCGAGUCCCGUGCUCGACUCCUGGAGGAUCGCCACAAUAUGAAGCUUGCCAAUAGUACACUUCUCGAGGAUCUGUUGAUCAGAGAGCGCAUGAGCACAAGCAACACGGAAGUCAUGCUGUCGGACUCUAUAGAGACCACCACAACGCCAACAAAGCAUAGACAGUAUGUAGACGGUUUGGACUCUAACACUGAAGACGAUGAUGAUGUUGAUGGAGCUGAAUCUUAUACCGACUCUUUCAUGGCAACCUUCGAAGAAAAUGAGCCGCUCGGGACUGCUGUGGAAUACGAAGCCAGCAAAGAUAAACAAGAGCAAGAUCUGGAACAGUUCAACCUCCCUCUAGCGCCAUACAUUACAAAAAUGAUGCGCCUAAAUUCUGAAUGUUCUGAUCCAGCAUUGCUUACGAACUGUCUGCCUGGCCAAAAGUGGAAAUGCAUCAAUGAGGAGGGACGGUGGCGUAAACACAAAUGUAAAUUUCAUCUUCAACUUGAGCAUCAGCUGGUCACAAUGCCACGCAAACAUUCUCAGCGCAACUGCGCCUGCUUUACAACGGAUGGUUUGAUAUAUACCAAGAUUCGUGCACCAUCAUCCACGGGUGAGCUGGGCUUCCAGCGCUUGAACAAGCGCACUCAUGGGCAGCGUCCGUAUCAGAAUACUGGAAAACGCCGCCAUGGCCGAGAAACUUAUCAUGAGGAAAUUUCUUAUGAAAUGGAAAAACUGCUUGAUUUGGAUCACAUGUUGGAGCUCAUUACCAAGCAUGGACAUCGUAAUAAGCGCUAUAUACGAAGCUUUCAUAACGCGUCCCUUUCCAAGCCGGUUUCACACGCAUCUGUUGCAAGGGUCAUCCAACAGAUCCAAAGUACAUUGGAAACGCUCGAACGCAAAUUUAUGGAGCGUGAGCUGAGCAACCGAAGCACAAGCAUUGACAAUUUCAAACCCAGUGACACUAGGAAUGCCAAUAAAUUUAUUAGGGGCGGCACUCGGUGCUAUGUGGAGGAGAAGAGGGACCUCGUAAACUGUUCGGAUGUUGUCUACAAAGAUGAAAAAUCGUGGCACAAGUUGCGCAAUCAGAUCGAUAUGCUCAUCAGGUUGCUUAAGGAGAAAAUUAGCGCAUUGAAGGACAUGAAGAAGCAGAUGCGUGAAAGCAAAGUAAAGACUGUGACAAGUAGCAGACGUGGUGAGGUGCAUCGACCAGAAGAAAACAGUGCCCGUCCCAUUGCCGCUCAAGAUUCAGAUUCUGAACUUAAUAUUGACUACUUUGGAAAGAUGUUAGAAACACCUCGUGAGCUUUUGUCAACAACCAGCAGAGAACACGACAAAGAAACCCUUCGAAGUAGUGACAUUGCUGCUAACAUUCCUUUACGGGAACCCACACAAAUAACGCCAUCCCGGUAUUCAUCACCUGCCGAGUGCUACUGUGAGUCGGAUGUGGGUGAAAGCUACGCAGACUCAAAGGAAAUGGUGCGAAUGGCGCGGCGCAAGCUAAAGGAGGAACGGCAGCGAAAAAAAGAGCGAAAACGUAUUAAAAAGGCUCGCUUGGAGAAAGAGUGCCUGUCAGAAAAGAUGAACUGCUUCUCGCAUGACAACCAGCAUUGGCGAACAGCGCCAUUCUGGAACGACAGUCCAUUUUGCUUUUGCAUGAAUGCAAACAACAACACCUACUCAUGCCUGAGAACUAUAAAUAUCACGCACAAUUUUCUCUACUGCGAGUUUACCACGGGGCUGGUAACCUUCUACAAUUUAAAAAUCGAUCACUUUGAAAUCCAGAAUCGUGCUUCUAGCUUACUGCCGGCUGAACGCUCCUUCAUGCACGAUGCACUUAAGCAUCUGAAAAGCUGCCGUGGACGAAAUUGCAAUCUGCGUCUUAGACCGCCGACCGUUGGGCAAAAGGGUCUUGCUUCAGCCUUACAGACUAUCACUAGUGAUUAUUUGCAUCGCAACAACAACAGUAAUAAAAACAACAAAAGCAAACGCAAGCAUAUUCCGCUUUCUGGUAGUGUUGAUAACAUUGGCUUUGUAAGCAGACAGUCACAUCUGGAUAUGAUGCCUACUGUUGGGCGUCGUAAGAUAUCCAAAUACCUCAGAUGGGGAAAUAUGCAACACAAACAUCUGAAUCGGCGCCCAUUGAAGCAGCAGAGGUACAUGAUGCAAAACACGUCUCCAGCUGCCGCAGUCAUAGGCUUAAAUUAGCUCAAUACUUAUUGUGAUCUGGAAAACUACUUUUAGCUAUUAUGUGGGCACAUCCUUGGUCUUACAAUGCAUAUUAUGUCUUAUGCAUAUGAAUUUAUUUCAUGUUUAUUUUUCAUAAAGCUUCUAUCUAAAUAAGACUGUGUUUAGGUUUUAUACAUAUAU